AUGAGCCAAAUAUUGACAGCUCCGCAAGCGGAGGCACUACACAAAGCCAUGCUCGCUUACCUUUCAGUGAUAAAUGCGCCCCAAACUGCCGAAACGCUACGCGAAGAGCUUCAUUUCGAUGAGAGUUACAAUGAAGCCACAUGUAAGAAGUUCGAAGGGGUAUUGGAGAAAAAAUGGACGGGAAUUGCCCGACUGCAAAGAAGAAUAAAUGAUUUAGAGGCCGAAGUCCGUAGUCUUCAAGCUGAACUUGAAGCCUCCCCGUCAGCAGCCCGUGCGAAGAACCAAGAUCCGACCAAUUGGCUUCCUAAACCGUCAUCGACACAUACAUUGACAUCGCACCGAGACGCUGUGACUUGCGUUGCGUUCCAUCCUGUGUUCACAUCGCUCGCAUCCGGUUCUGAAGAUUGCACGAUAAAGAUAUGGGAUUGGGAACUUGGGGAAAUAGAGCGGACUCUGAAGGGCCAUAUAAGAGGUGUCUCAGGUCUUGAUUAUGGUGGGCAAAAAGGAAAUACCCUACUAGCGUCCUGUUCUAGCGAUCUUACAAUCAAGCUCUGGGACCCAAGCAAGGACUAUGCAAACAUUCGGACACUCUCAGGUCAUGACCACUCAGUCUCAUCCGUGCGCUUCUUAACGUCCAAUGAUAACCACCUCAUAUCCGCAAGUAGAGACGGAACACUGCGGAUAUGGGAUGUUUCGACCGGAUUUUGUGUUAAGGUUAUCAAGUCAGCGACAGAGUCCUGGAUCCGAGACGUGUCGCCUUCGUUUGAUGGGAAAUGGCUCGUAUCCGGCGGCCGGGAUCAGGCAAUAACAGUGUGGGAAGUCUCAUCAGCCGAACCAAAGGCCGCGUUAUUAGGCCACGAGAACUUCAUCGAGUGCUGUGUUUUUGCCCCUCCAGCAAGCUACGAGCAUUUAGCAACACUAGCUGGACUCAAAAAACCCCCUCCCGCGACAAGUUCCUGUGAAUUCGUCGCCACAGGAGCUAGGGAUAAAACUAUCAAGCUCUGGGAAGCGAGAGGAAGACUGAUAAAGACUCUGCACGGCCACGACAACUGGGUGCGAGGUCUCGUAUUCCAUCCAGGUGGAAAAUACCUUUUUAGUGUUUCUGACGAUAAAACGAUACGUUGCUGGGAUCUUUCCCAGGAAGGGAGAUUAGUCAAGACAAUCUCUGGCGCUCAUGAGCAUUUUGUUAGUUGCAUAAGAUGGGCGCCUAGCCCUAAUACUGAUAACCCCGAUCCCGCCGGCGAGAAGGCUGGUAAAAAGGACGCCGUUAAGCCUUCGUACCGAUGUGUUAUUGCGACAGGAUGCGCAGAUAACUCUGUACGGGUGUUCAGCUAA